CGCUGGGCGCAGGCGCAGAAAGCCCAGCCAUCCGUCUGGCGUAGCCCCUGAGGCGCACGCGCAUGGAGGGGUGCGCGAGCCCCCCGGGCGAGGCCCGCGCGCGCCUCAGCCCCGCGGUGCUGUGCCGCGGCCCCGUGGAGCCGCUCGUCUUCCUCGCCAACUUCGCUUUGGUCCUGCAGGGCCCGCUCACCACGCAGUACUUGUGGCACCGCUUCGGUACCGACCUCGGCUACAAUGGGACCCGCGACAGGGGCAGCUGCAGCAACCACAGCGCGGACCCAAUCAUGAAGGAAGUGGAGACCCUUACCUCCCACUGGACCCUCUACAUGAACCUGGGCGGCUUCCUGGUGGGGCUGUUCUCGUCCACCCUGCUGGGUGCCUGGAGUGACUGCGUGGGCCGCCGUCCCCUGCUGGUGCUGGCCUCCCUGGGCCUGUUGCUGCAGGCGCUGGUGUCCAUCUUCGUGGUGCAGCUGCAGCUCCACGUGGGCUACUUCGUGCUGGGCCGGAUCCUUUGCGCGCUCCUGGGGGACUUCAGUGGCCUGCUGGCUGCAGGCUUUGCCUCGGUGGCGGAUGUCAGCUCCAGCCACAGCCGCACCAUUCGAAUGGCCCUGCUGGAGGCGUGCAUCGGGGUGGCAGGGAUGCUGGCCAGCCUCCUUGGGGGCCACUGGCUCAGGGCCCAGGGUUAUGCCAACCCCUUCUGGCUGGCCUUGGCCUUGUUGAUAGCCAUGACUCUCUAUGCAGCCUUCUGCUUUGGUGAGACGGUAAAGGAGCCAACACCUACCCGGCUCUUCACGCUCCGCCAUCACUGGUCCAUUGUCAAGCUGUAUGCAUUUCCGGCCCCAGAGAAGUCCAGGAGGCACUUAGCCCUGUACUCUUUGGCCAUCUUCAUGGUAGUCACUGUGCACUUUGGAGCCCAGGACAUCCUGACCCUCUACGAGCUGAGCAGACCCCUCUGCUGGGACUCCAAGCUGAUCGGCUACGGUUCUGCCGCACAGCAUCUGCCAUACCUCACCAGCCUGGUGGGCCUGCGGCUUCUGCAGCACUGCCUCGCCGACACCUGGGUGGCCGAGAUUGGCCUGGCCUUCAACAUUCUGGGAAUGGUGGUCUUUGCGUUUGCUACCAUCACCCCUCUCAUGUUUACAGGGUAUGGACUCCUAUUCCUGUCCUUAGUCAUCACACCCAUCAUUAGGGCCAAGCUCUCCAGGCUGGUGGGCGAGUCAGAGCAGGGUGCUCUCUUUUCUGCUGUGGCCUGUGUCAAUGGCUUGGCCAUGCUGAUGGCUUCUGGCAUCUUCAACUCGCUCUACCCAGCCACCUUGAACUUCAUGAAGGGGUUCCCCUUCCUCCUGGGAGCCGGCCUCCUCUUCAUCCCGGCCAUUCUGAUUGGGGUGCUGGAAAAGGCCAAUCCUCACCCUGAAUUCCAGCAGUUUCCUCAGAGCCCCUGAUCCGCCUGCGUGGGAGACAGAGGUCAAAGGAGGUCAAAGCGAGCAAAGCGAACACAAAGCAACUCCAAGUAUGCAUCUGGAUCCCGGUCCACGUGACACGGGCACCACCCCUCAGAGGGCACACGUCUGCCUCGGACAGAGUGGUCCAGCUGGACAGCUGUGCCAGCCUAGAACUUCAAACUAGCUUGGAACCCAGACGGUCCUACUCCAGGAGGCAGUGGGGGAGCCAUUUGGAACGGGGGUGGGUGUCCCCUUCCUACCAGUGGUCACAGGGAACCCUCCAGGGGAGUGGAGGUCCCGACGGAGGGACACCUCAGGGAGCGGCUGAAGCGCAAGGGCUGGCAUCUCUGCUUCAGCCCAGACGGCACAGCUCACCAGGCCGUUUCCGGGGCGCAGCCACCAGUGGGCCCCUCAGUGACAGAUGUGGUUCUGAGGGGAAGGCUGUGGCAGGGCUGGGUGCCCUCUGGGGAAGGGUGCUGCCGUCUUGGGCUGGGAUCGACCCUCUGAGCUUAGCAAUGCCAAUCACAAUAAAUCCACAGAAUCACA